UUCCUCGGUCAUCUUCGUGUUCAAUUUUGCCUUGUUCCGUUCACUCGGUGGGGUCUGGGACUGGGACAGCCUAGGAAUUGGCUGCAGCACGGCUCGUUAGAGUCUGGUGGAGUCUUUGAGUUUGCGUUGCGGGGCACGGCCGCGUCGCGACGAGGAACUGCCUCAAAAAAACUUGAACUCCAAGAGUGAAAAAGUUAAAAAGUGCUCAUCUCCAGGAUAUCAAUUCCAAGUCGGUUUCUCCACUGGAAUAAAAUUUCUCCGAUCCUGAAACCGUUUUUUUUUGUUCUCAAAGUCGCCCUUUCCCAUCGCGUCGUGCCCUAGUCGCUCUGGCAGAGGCAAACAGGUGCAGGUGCGUCUCGUGUUCUUUGAGUGCAAGGUGACGAGUUUUGGACUCCAGGAGAGUAAAGGAGAGGAUUUCUCAAGGUUCCUGGAAAGACGUUAUGAACGGUAGCUCGGAGCCGCCGUCGGACGUGACGGCUAUGGGUAGUGACGACAAUCCCGGGCGGAGUGGUGGUGGCGGCGGCGCUGGUGACGAAUUGGCAAUGGCCAAUUCGGAUUUCCGUCACGGAUCCGCGUCGCCGACCCCAUCGUCACCGGGGUGUGGCUGCGCCGUUCCUUCGGUGACGGAACCUGAAAUCACGAUUAGCAUUACCCCAACUACGGGGGGACAGUUCGACCUGACAGUGGAUCGAAAUGAGACGAUCGAAAAUUUGAAGAAAAUCAUCUCCAAGAGGCUCAAGGUCGCCAAGGAGCGGAUUUGUUUACUACACCGGGAGAGGCAACUUCGAGAAGGAACAUUGGAGGAAAAUCGUUUGCAGGAUGGCAGUCGGUUGACGCUGUUGCCAAGCGUGGAAACUGGAUUGUUGGCUCAACGUCCUGAACAGAGUGUGAUGCAAGCCCUCGAGAGUCUCAGCGACUCCCAGGUGAAUGACUUCCUAUCGGGCAAAGCGCCUCUAAAUUUAACGAUGCGACUUGGCGACCACAUGAUGCUCAUCCAGCUUCAGUUAUCAACCGUCACACCAGCACCUUCAGCCGACCGAUCCAGCGGUCCCACCUCAAGUGCAAGCACCUCACUCUCAGGAAGCAGUCCCAGCGCCACAACCUCAUCAUCCUCAGAAACAAUGACCUCGAAUCACGUCUCCACUCCCCUCUCAAAUCGAAGAUCCACCGUCCUCUCAGCCAGAUCCACCAGCUCCUCCACCAAACUUCAAAAUACGACAGCUAGGACCUCUUCGCUAAUCAGCAGCUUGGCUUCCGCAAGCUGCAACACAAGCCUCUUCACAGCCACGACCACAACGAACGCCGUCUGCUCCGAAAGAACAACGCCUUCACCCUCCUCCUCCUCAUCGCCAUCAUCUACCACCUACUCUCCAGUUUCCUCGCCACACUCUAUUUUCUGCCCCCAGAGUUCGACUCUACAGCAACCCAGAACCAGCAACGUUCCAAACUCGCCUCCACCGAGUGGUGCCAGCACAAACAACAACACCUCCUCUCGCCAGUCAUGCCUCUUGCAUCACCAUCACCACCAUCACACCCACCAUCAUCAUCAUCACCACCACCAUCAUCAUCAUCACGCGAAAAGGGCACUCAACCUUCGCUCGCAAGCUUCCAACUCAGUGGAACUCUCUCCAUCUACCUCGGUAUCCGGAUGCUCGGAUCUCUCCUCUGUCACGUCCCUGAGAGACGAUGACUCCUCACCUCAGAAGAAAAAAUUGUGCACUGGUCAUCAUCACCAUCAGCAACAGGCGCAACAGCAGCAGGCGCAGCCAUCAAAUUCUUCGACCACCAGUAGUUCCUCGAGCACAAGGAGUCCCGGAAGUGGAGAAUCGUGCUCGGCUACGAGUACGGACGCGGGAGUGGGACUUGCGGAUGUUGGUAAAGGAACCUCAGCGACACUGGACACGAGAGCACUUGCGGAAGCUUCACGCAAUCUCACCCAGAAGCUCAAGCAGCUCUCCUCUGAGGAGAACGCGCGACGUAGACAAGGAGCGAUAAUCGAAAGCAUGCACCAUCAUGGAAAGGGUGUGUAUUCCGGAACCUUCAGUGGAACUUUAAAUCCAGCUUUACAAGAUCGCCAUGGACGGCCAAAAAGGGACAUUAGCACCAUCAUCCAUAUCCUGAAUGAUCUUCUUUGCGCUACACCAGCAACAUCAGCAGGUCACUACAAGCAUCACCAUAGGUAUUCAAGCACUCGACAAAUUUCAUCUUCGACCUCGGGAGGAGCUUCCACUGGUUCCUCCUCAGCCACUGCGAAUGGAAUGUCCAGUGUCUCAACGAGCUGUCCUGAUUCGCCCAAUCUUGGAUAUUCCAGUGAGGAACUGUCGAAAGAGAACGAAGCGACGAAGGGAAAGCUGAAACGUUUGCGCCUGGUGAUGGAGCAACGGAGAGCGAAAAGGAAAGCGAGAAGGCAAGCUCGAGCGGCGCCUUAUACAACCCAGUGGGCAGCCGUGACGCCCGAUCCGGAUCCCAAUCACGACCCCAACACGCCAGCUGCAUCGGCCAAUAGCGGUGGCUCAAAAACGACCGAUUCGCAAACUGAAUCCGAUUUGCAGCCCUGCAAUACGGAACCCGUUGUCGCUUAAGAAAUAUAUAUAUAUAUUUUUUUUUCUUUCUCUAAGACACCGACCGCCUCCUCGCAAAGAAGAAAAAGCCGCCGUUGUGGUUCACUAGGAGUCGCGAAAUUCUCGUAGAUUAUUGGAUUUUCACUCACGAACUUUGUACCGCCGAGUGAUAAUGAGACGACUUUUCGAUUUAUCGUCUCGAAUCGAUAAACUAUCGUCUCGCAUAACGUCGUUCACCGCCAUUAUUAUAAUCCCGCUAAAUCGUAAGUAGUUAUGAAUUAGUAAUAUUCCUCGGAGUGUGUUUCAAACGAGAAGCAAUAAAUAUAUAUUAUAUAUAAAUCGGUGCGGAAUUACGUCGGUGAGCGGAAGUAGAAGUUUUUUUUUUUUACGAUUACGUAUUUUAUAGUAGAUCGCUUUUAGCGCAAUAAAGAUUGCGCAGUUUUUGUUUUCU